GUGGGUUGGGCUUGUAAGUGUGUCGCAUGGGCUUGAGUAGUUUCGGCCCUUAUGUUUUGUAUUUAAACACCCUUAAUCAAUAGAUUAAGGGUUGUUGAUACCGAAUAGAAGCAGGGGCGACACAUAGCAAGGAACCGAGUUCCUACCGAUCUUGUAUCAGUCAUCUUCAAGUUGAAUGCAAGUUUGGUUUGUUUAUUCAUUGUGUUUUAUUCGAUCUGUUUAUAUAUUGUUUCUUGAAUCACCUUUGUGUUUGGUUUUCCGCACUCUCACAAAGUUAGAUUGAUAUCAUUGUGAUCCUCACGGGUUUUACAAUUGGUAUCAGAGCCAUUGAAGCCAUUCAAAGGCUCGGUUUGAUAUCAAUCAGAUUCAAGAAUCUCAUAUUUUACUGAUUCGAUUUGUUGAAGUGUGUAUGCAGAUCUGUUCAUCGACUGUUCCUGAAAAUUCCUUGAAAAAUUACUGAUUUUGGUUCUGUUUGAUUUCAGUCUCGGUGUUUGCUGAAAUCUCGGGAUAUUGGUUCAACAGAUUCAAAGAUUACCAAAUCUUUGAAUUUUGGAAACUGCUGAAAAAUCGGGAUUGCGAGUAAACAGUCCUUAUCACUUUCUGUUUUGCAGGUUCCGACUCGCAAUCUCCCAGUUACGGCUCAUCACGGUUUAGUUGCGACUCGCAAUCAGCCUUGGUUUCGGUUCAUCUCGCCCAGUUACGACUCGCAACCAGCUUUUUGAUCAUCACUCGCAACCACGGUUUCGGCUCAUCCUGUCCUGUUACGACUCGCAACCAUAUUGGUUACGACUCGCAUUCAAGUUUGACCUGACUCGCAACCGUCUACGAUUACGACUCACAAACACCUCAUUACGACUCGAAAUCACCUCAUUACGACUCGCACAUUCCACUCGCAACCCAGUUACGACUCGCAACGACAAAUUGAAACGGACUUUUGGACUGUUGACUUGGACUUAAUUAAAUCAAUCAAUUAAUUAACUGAUUUAUUAAAAAUGUCAACCACCAACAGUGAAUUGUCUGCUUUAACUCAGCAACAAGAAUUGGAUUCAAAGCUAGGAACCACAACGCGUAUUCCACGUUUAACUGAUGCUAAUGACUUUCCCGAGUGGAAAUGGCGAUUUGAACAGCAUCUGAAAGUUAAAGACUACAAGCUAUGGCGCAGCAUAUUGAGAGGACCAAGAGAGAUCAUGAUGGAAAGCCCUACUGAACCUGAAGUCAAAGUAAAGAAGCCUCGUGAUCAAUACACGGAAGAUGAUCUGCUUAUUGUUGAAGAAGAUGAUAGAGCUCUUUCUUAUCUGACCAUGGGUUUGGGUCCAAACAUUGCUAUGGGAUUUCGCACUUGUAAAUCUGCCAAGGAACUUUGGGACUCUCUGGUGGAAGUGUAUGAAGGUAAUGAGGACAUGAAAGAAAGCAGAAGGAACUUGCUGCAACAGAAUUUCAACAACUUCAACCAUAUUUAUGGUGAAACAGUGGAUAAUCAGAUCCAAAGGUUUGUCAAGCUGGUGACUCAAAUGCAAAUGGAAGAAAUUCACACCACAAAUGCUUCGACAAAUAGGCAACUUCUCAAUGCAUUACCCAAGAGCUGGGAUCAUCAUGUUGCUAUGAUAAAGAAAACAAAAGAUCUUGCAAGAUGCACCCUGUCUGAGAUGAUCUCGCAUAUUAAAGCUUGUGAAUUGGAUGACAAGCAGAGAGAGACUAACUACAAGAACAGUAUGCUGGCUGCCGGUUUUUCUAUAGCCCCCACUGCAUCCAGUGACAGCAAUACAGCUCUUCUGUCUCAAGGAGGAUUCCAAAUGUUUCGCAAUACUAAACCUGCUCCCACUUCAGCAAAUGUCUACAACUCAGGGUCUUCCACUCAAGCUUCCCCUGCAAGUGCUGGAAAGACUUCUGCUGCACCUUCUGUUUCUGUUGCUAGCAAUGAAAUGGUUGCUUUCUUCUCUAGGCAGUCAAAGGAAAAUCUUGAAAUUGCAGCAUCUGUCAUAAAUUGCAUGAACGCCUUUGCUUCGGGAAAUCUUGACCCUCCUAAGUUUUCCAUGGAUGAUUUGGAUCAAAUUCAUCCAGAGGAUGUGGAAGAAAUGGAUAUCACGUGGCAGAUGGCUAUGGCGGCUUUUAGAGCUAAAAACUUUGUGAGGAAGACAGGGAAAAACAAAUGGCAAAAUCUUAAGUUCACAGGACCCGUAAAGAUGCCGUUUGAAUAUCGUUGUUAUAAUUGUCAUGAACAGGGUCAUUUGGCUAGAAACUGUACGAAACCCAAGGUGAAUGAUGAACAAACUCCAGCUCAGCCUGCUGCUCCUGUUACACCAAAUCGAGAAAGAGCCCUUGUGACUACAACUGGUGUGCCUGCUGAUAGUGUCAACAGUGGAAGCCCACAAGUGGGAUUGGCCCAAGCUUUGGUGGUUCAGCCUGAUUCGCCUUUUGACUGGAGUUCAGAGAUCGAAAGAUUAAACAUUUCAGCUCCUGAGAAUCAAGCCACCCCAAGCAAUAUCGCUUUCAUGGCCAGCAAUGCUUCUGUGAGUGACGAUGUGAAGGCUGCACAGGAGGAGGAGUCGUCAGCUGAAAACUUCGCCUUCAUGACUCAAAUUCUGUCAGCUCCGGUUAAGGGUCUCACCAAAGAAGAGAUAAAGUACCUGAAGUGAUAUGGGGAGAUGUGUUUGGAAGUGAACAAGUUUUAGAAUCUGAUUCUUCUAAAACUUCUUUUGAUGAUACUAAUUCUGGUUGUGUGUUUGGACAAGCGUUUUUGAACUCUUUUCAUAGUUAUGUUUCGUCUUCUUUUGGGCCUGAUGUUUUGGGCAAAACAGUGAAUGCUUGUGAUGAACCUUUUAAAACUGCGUGUGAUGAUGAUUGUUUUGAAA